CGACCCAGUCUGCAGAGAAGCGCAAAUAUUCAGCAAGGACAAAUGCUACUGUCUUAAACUAGAUAAACUGAUCUUUAUCCAACCGGUCUCACACCAGUCGCCCCAAUGAUUAAAUAGAACCAGUAACAGGUGCGUCCCUAAACCUGACUGAUUACUAGUCGCAGCAGAAAUGUACCGCUCCACUAAAGGCGCGUCUAAAGCGCGGAGAGAUCAGAUCAACUCCGAGAUCCGCAACCUGAAGGACCUGCUGCCCAUCAGCGAGGCGGACAAAGCUCGACUUUCUUACCUGCACAUCAUGUCCCUAGCCUGCAUGUACACGAGAAAAUCAAUCUUCUUCUCUCAAGAUGUAACGGCAGCACGGCAGGAUGCAAGCGCCAUUUUCAUGGGUCUGACGGACCUUCCGGAGCUUGUGCACACCCUGCCAGGGUUUCUCCUCUUACUGACCAGUGAGGGCAAACUCAUCUACCUGUCUGACAAUGUCAGUGAACACCUUGGCCACCCCAUGGUGGAUCUUUUGGCUCAGAGUGACAGUGUAUAUGACAUCAUUGAUCCAGCUGACCACUUUGUCAUGAGGAACAAUCUUUUGUCAGUGACCACACCUGACACAGAGCGUCUCUUUCGCUGUCGGUUUAACACCUCAAAGUUUGCCAGAAGACAGGGCUCUGGGAACAAAGUGACUCUAGUUCGAGCCCGCUGCCUCCCAACCCCUUUCCAUGCUUCAUCCUACUGGUCCUCCAAUGCAGUGUGGGUGUGUUUCUGUUCAUCCCUGGAGCUAUCAAACCUAGCCAGCACCACCAACCCGCUUCCGACUCCACCAGCUGAGCAGAUCUUUCAGCUGACUUCUUUCCAGUCCCAGCAUGGUCGAGACAUGAGGAUACACGCCGCUCAAGAAAGUGUGAGUGUGUAUCUGGGGUAUGAUGUGGAGACACUGCGCUCUCGCUCCUGGUACAGCCUACUACAUCCUCGAGACCUCUCCCAUGCCUCAGCACAACACUGCACCCUGUUACGUGAAAGCAUGGAGAGGCAGGUUGAGAUGGUGGUUCAGGUGGAAACAGCUGACCACUCAUGGGUUUGGCUUUACAUGGUUCUUCAGCUUCAGACUGGAGAACAUCCCAUCACCUGCCAGAGCUACGUCAUAAGUGAGUCUGAAGCAUGGUCUGUGCGUCAGCAAAUCAACUCCGAACAUAACCAGCUAACUCUCCUGUACCAGGAGGGUCUGGCUCAACAGUUCUCUCCUUUAUCCAGUCCAGACCAGGUUUUCACACCAAGCAGCAGUGGCCUGUCUGCCCAGUCCUUCGACUUUAGCUUCACAGCCUCUGGCCACAGCUCCUCUGAGGAACUGCCCAGUACCUCUACCCAGUCUAACCAGCCUUUAGAACCCUGUCCUAAUUUUGCUAUAGAUGAAGACUUCUCCCAAUUACAUGGAAGCCAGCAAAUGUGGUUACCAGAAGCCAGAAGGUUCUCCAAAGACAUAUCCCCUCCCUCUAACAUGCCAAAUGUUUGCACAGUUAGCCAAAUCCCUGUUUCAUCACCAUCUCACCCAUGUCUUGGUAUGUCCAGACCACACAGCAUGGAGUUGCUUUGCACUCCACCCUACACUCCAAGAAUUGGAGGAGGCUGCUUCAUGUUUGGUGAGGAGGUCUUUAAAUCAGACUCCACCAGCUCAAUCAGUGGCCUAAGUCAAACAAUACAAGCUAAUCACCUAGCAUCCUUGGCAGCAGGUGUUGGGCUGAAACAAUCCUGCCACAGACUUUUAAACGACAACCUUCCUCCUACCCCAGAUUCGCCAGUCAGUGAUGAAUGUGUCUUAAUGGCUUUACCAGAGAUCAGUGGACCUUUGUAUGUAGAUACAUACGUACGCCCAGUCCAUCAUGGUCCACCUGAAUGCCUUCUCACCCCAGAGGCUUCCCCCACUGAACACCCAUGUUCAGGUUUCUUCCCCCAACAAGCUAAGCACGACAAAGAGAAACUGGAGAUCUCGCUGUUGGCUCAGUAUCUUAGUUCCAUCACUGAGGGGUUCUUAAAAGAUCACCCAUCGCUGACACAUCUUUCCUCCCCUGUGUCUUCUCUAGAGCCCUUAUCAGCCCAAAAAUCAGUGCCACACUUAUGUGAAUUUUCACCCACCGUGUGUUUUGAGAAAGCUUGCUCAUCCCUGGGUCAAGACCAAUUAUCUUUAUUGCAAGAAGAACUUGCUUUGCCUGUCAUGCCAAUGUCCUGCUCUUCCUCCUCAUCUUCUCCUCCUCACUCCUCUAUUUAUCAUCCUCCUCCUCCUUACCAACAGGAGGAGGCUCUAGUUGGUGUACAGCACCUUUGUAGCGUCCAGUCGACGCACUCUAACAAUAUGUUGAUGGAGUCAGGGGUGAACAGUAAUCAAGCUCCUGUGGAGAGUGCCAUGGAUGAGGAAAUCUUACCUCUCCCAGCCCUGCAGGAAAUGACCCCUGCUCCAGCGCAUAAUGCCCUCAGUCCUGGUCCACCCUGUACACAGUUCCUUCUGGAGGAAUUGGUCGAUAUGGACCCCAUGUUCGAGGCAGCCACCUCGAUUAGUCCUGCCUUGAGGCAACAACCUGAGUUGUAUCAACUCACCUUUGAAGACUCGCCGCAACACUAUCAAGAUGGAACCGGCGAUCAUGUUUUGAAAUAA